AUGUCGGCCGCCAAAUCGCGCUGGGCCGACGACGACCCCGAAGCAGACGCUCUGAUAGCCCAGCGCAAACGCGAGAAGGAGGAAAAACGACGCGCCAAGGCGGAGAAACAGCGCCAGCAGGAGGAAGCCAGCAAAGCAACUGCCGAGGCUCAAACACGCAAUGGGGACUCAGGGCCUCCGAAGAAGCGGAGGAGAUUAUCGAAUGAUCCCGAUGCACCUGACGCGGCAGAAGAGGCCAAGAGCGAAGAGCAGAAGAAGGUGUCGAGCCUUUUGCGCUUCCCCGUUGCGGAAUGGGGACCCUGUCGGCAUGUUGACAACUUUGAACGAUUGAAUCAUAUCGAGGAGGGGUCUUAUGGAUGGGUUUCCAGGGCGAAGGAUAUUAAUACCGGGGAGGUGGUCGCGUUGAAGAGAUUGAAGCUCGAGAGCUCGCCGGACGGGUUCCCGGUGACGGGCUUGCGGGAGAUUCAGACAUUGAUGGAGGCUCGACAUCCGAAUGUCGUUUAUCUGCGAGAGGUGGUUAUGGGCACCAAGAUGGACGACGUCUUCCUGGUAAUGGAUUUCUUCGAACACGACCUAAAAACCCUCCUCGACGAAAUGCGCGAGCCCUUCCUCCCCUCCGAAAUCAAAACCCUCCUCCUACAAGUCGUGGGCGGCCUCGAAUUCCUGCACUCCCAAUGGAUAAUGCACCGCGACCUCAAAACCUCCAACCUCCUCAUGAACAACCGGGGCGAAAUCAAGCUCGCAGACUUCGGCAUGGCCCGCUACUACGGCGACCCGCCCCCAAACCUAACCCAACUUGUCGUAACAUUGUGGUACCGCUCGCCAGAACUCCUCCUCGGCGCAACCAAAUACGGCACCGAAAUCGACAUGUGGAGUAUCGGGUGUAUCUUCGGCGAACUCCUCACCAAAGAACCCCUGCUACAGGGCAAGAAUGAGGUAGACCAGGUAUCGAAGAUCUUCGCGCUGACCGGGCCGCCAAAUUCACAAAUUUGGCCGGGUUUCCGCUCGUUGCCGAAUGCGAAGUCGCUACGUCUCCCGUCCUCGUCUGCGCCUUCGGGAGGAGGUCUCCCGCUUCUGCCCCGUUCAAGAUUCCCCUACUUGACGAACGCGGGUCUAAAUCUUCUGUCUGGAUUAUUGGCGCUGAAUCCGGUCUCGCGCCCGACAGCGCAGGAAUGUCUUGCGCAUCCGUAUUUCAAAGAGGAUCCCCGCCCCAAACCGAAGGAGAUGUUCCCGACUUUCCCUUCCAAGGCGGGAAUGGAAAGGAGGAGGCCGAGGCAUACGCCCGUGGCGCCGAAGAGAGGGCAGGAAGCACCCCAGCUGGACUUUGCGGGUGUUUUUGGAGGUGCGCAGGGGGGAGAUUCGGGCGAGGCUGGGGCAGGCUUUGCGCUUCGGUUGGGCUAA